AUGGGAUUGGCUCUUGACAUCACUAGAGCAAGACGAAAUACAGAUAGAAAUUUCUCUUUGUUUUCUUUUCUUUUUCUUUCUUUUUUUUUCUUUACCAAUUUUUUUUUUCUUUUUUUUUUUUUCUUGCAGAUUAUCUUCUUGGCUCUGAUCUCGUCAUUGAUCGCCUCGUCCUUCGCUGGCCAUUAUGAGGAGGAUCAUGGUGAUUCGACUUACGAAGAAAAAUCUAAACCAGUGGAAAUACCGAUUUAUAAAAAAUAUGCUAUUCCAAUACCGCAUCCUGUACCAGUAGAAAUCCCUCAAGAAAUCAAAGUACCUAUACCCCAACCUUAUAAAGUUCCAGUUGAAAUUCCUCAACCUUAUCCCGUUGAAGUUGUCAAACAUGUUGAAGUACCUGUUGAAAAACCAGAACCAUAUGUUGUUGAAAAACACGUCCCUUACGUCGUGGAAAAGCCGUAUCCAGUUUACGUUGAGAAGAAAUUUCCGGUUCCCGUGGCGAAACCAUAUCCCGUCCACGUUCCAAUCUACAAACACGUUUUCCACCACACAUCGAAGAGCAAGGGAUGGCAUUAA